ACGCGCCGGCCACGACUCCCUUCCUUAAGAUUACAGCAACACGUAGAUCCCACCCUCACCGCUGGAAACACUUACGGGCUGUGAUGUAGUGACGGUAAGUAACAGUAGAGUGAGGAUAGAAUCGCCCCACGACUUACUCAAACUGAUACAUUAAACCGAUAUAUAAACCCAUGUAAAGAGGAAUACAAGAGAGAGAAAGAGAUUGAGAGAGAGACGGAGAGAGAGGGGUUUUGUGGGUUUUUCAUUUGUGUUUGGCUGAUAGGAAAACUUUAAGCCAGAGCCGCAAGGUAUUUUCUCGGACGAGAAAGCGAGGGAAAGUACAAAAGAUGGGGAGUGAAAGCAAGAAUGAAGGCGUAGAGGGGAUUUCGCCGAAGACGAAGAAGGUGGUGCAGAGUUUGAAGGAGAUUGUGAAGCACUGUACGGACCAGGAGAUCUACGCCAUACUUAAAGAAUGUAACAUGGACCCUAACGAAGCCGCUCAGCUACUCCUCUCUCAAGAUACUUUUCACGAAGUGAAGAGCAAACGUGAAAGAAGAAAAGAGAUGAAGGAUACACAAGAAUCAUGGUCUCGUGUUAACAAUGGUGGUUUGAAUCGUGGAGUUAGGGGUAAUAAUGGCACGCGUAAUGUUGGAUGGAGUGGACCAACUCAAACUAGCUAUAAUGAACUUGGUAAAGCAGCAUACGAUGGAGAGAAGGGGUCAGUAGCUUCUUCAUUCUCCUCAUCUAUAACUCAUGCAGAGGGAAAAACCAUGAAUCAGCAAACUUUACUGCAUAGUGAUUCUUUUAGUACUGAUAAUAGAAGACAGUCAAUAGGAACAGGUGAUCCCAUGUCUACAUCUGCACAGCUGUCUCCAGGGUUUCAGUCUGCUUGGUUGGGGGCCACCAUAGCGCGUCCUUCAAUGGCCGACAUUUUGAAGAUGGGUAGGCCACAAAACAAGGGCUCACAGACGUCUUGCACGCCUCAAGAUGCAGUCACACCGAACUCAUCCCUUUACUGUGCAAAGCCUUCCCAUGUUUCUGCUACUUUGCAACAAGAAUGGCACCAAGAUUUGCACCCACAAGAUCUGUCUAAAAUGUUAGAGGCAAUCAAUGAAUCUGGUGCUAGUGCUCGCCAGCAUGUUUUAAAUGAUGAAUGUCCUGUGAUCGAGGAGCCAACAGCUAAUGGUGGGUCAUCUGUUGCAGAUGCACCUGCUGCCUCGGAAGCUGAGAUAUCCUGUAAUCAGUCUAACUCCCAUGAUAAUAGAGCUAACUUUUUUAGGAACUGUGUGUCAGACGCGGUCCGGGUGUUGAAGGGGGAUGUAAGUGAAAAUCUUAGUUUUGACCCUGUCAGAUGUGAUUCUGCAUCUAGUAGGCAGAUCAUCAUGAACAAUGCUGGAGGAGCAUCUGAUUGCGAUAAUUUCUUAUUGAAGGAUAUAAGUUCGUAUGGUUCUCAUAUGGCCUUUGAGCUCCAGGAAGGUAGUGGCUCACAUUUAUCCUUUCCAAAUCAUUCAGCACCUUUGACUGAUGAUACCAAUGUAGAUGUGUCAUCAACUACUGCAACCUUGCAUCGACUAAGUUUAAGGAAUGAGGAGCCAGCUGUGCCUACAACAGAAGAUAACUGUGCAUUAGUCCUUCCAAGUCACCUGCAAGCUUUGGCUGCCGACUGCUCACAGUUAAGCUUCGGUACCUAUAAAGCGAGCAGUAAUUCUUCAUUUUCUGAGCCUCUUGGGUCUAAUCCAUCAAAACUUGACUGGGGAAAGGCCUCUGUUGCAAUUGAUGGUUCAUAUGGGCACUUGGAUUCCAGAAAUUCAGGGCACACUGGUGACGAGCAACUUAGAUCCAUGUAUGAUACUUUUACAGGGGCUGCUGAUGCUAGAAAUUAUGAUUUAACUGUGUCUUCGCAGUCAGAGUUGAUGAACCAUACUAUUCCUGAGGCAACAGUUGGACGUGAAUUGCUAACCAAUGCAUUUCUAUCUGAUUCUGAUUUUAAUAACUCUCAACAGCCAACUUCUGCAUUCUCUUUUGCUAGGGCAGACUCGCAAAUCAGAAAUCUUCCUGCUUUUUCAAGUGAAUUGCAUUCUUAUUCAGAUACCAUACAAAGUGAUUUGUUUGCAUCGACUAUUAAAUCUUUGAGAGAUUCUGAUGAUCUUCUGCAUUCACCAUUCCCUGUGACACCGUCGAUACCCUCAUUAUCCAAAAGUGCUGGGUCACCAUUAAGCAGUUCGACCAACUCCAUGUUAAAGGUUUUGAAUCCUGCUGCCUUUUCUAAUGUUCAGUCAUCUUCUGUACAUCCGCAUCGCCUUUAUCAGCCUUACACUCAAGCUAACCUUACUUUGGAACAAUUAGCCAAUGGGAUUAGGUAUCCUUCACUGCCUCGGACUCAAGCAUAUAUGACAUCUGCUAUGGACCGAGGAUAUCCUGGCAAUAGUGCAUCCAAUCAAUCUCUUGCAGGAAUGAACUACAGCCUUCCACAAUACAAUAGUGGAGCCCCAUCAAGCAGAUUACCUCUACCUGCUAAUGCUUCUGGUUAUGGGAAUUUUGGGACUCAUACAAAUUCUGGAAGGUUUCUGCAUAACCCAUCCACUGACCUUACAAUCUCUCAUGGUGGCUAUGAUGAAGUUUUACAUUCCAACUACAUGGGGGGAAAUAAUUUUACUCCAUUUCAACAGGAUGACGGCUUUUCUGCGUGGAACUACGGACCUGGUUCAAGAACAAUGUCUUCUGUUCCAGACAGCACAUAUUACAGCUUAGCGGAACGGAAUCAACAGAUUAAUAGAUAUCGAUUUGGUCAGCAGAACUCACAAUAUCAUGGAGCUCCAGGCCAGCAGAAUUCACAACAUCAUGGACCUCCAGGAUACCCCGAUUUCUCUCAUUCAUGACCAGGGAUCACAAAAGAACAUCAGCAGCAGGGCCCUAGUGAUUUGAUAAUCCUAAGCGGUUCUCAGGACACUCCGUCUUAGCACUUGAAAUUUGGCAACGUAGCUACUAACAAUUUCCGUGCUUUCAUUUCUUCCUUUCGCCCGGGUGCUGUAGUGAGUUUGGAAAAAGGCAAAUUAGGGUGUUAUAUGAGAGUUAAAUUGAGAUUUUUGUUUUGUGAUGCUUUUGAGUGUUUGGCGCUGUCCAAUUGUACAUACUUAAAAGUUUAGUUGACGAUGCCCACUGCCUCAAUAUUGUAUUCUACGUAAUUUCAAGUUGGGGCAUGAUUUUUGAGUUAGGCAUCUGGCUAAUUUUGAUUCUUCUCACAGGGAAUUUCUGAUCAAACAGUUGAAUAGAAUUCUUAGUUUAGGAUCCAACUUUUUGGUUUUGUAACAGAUAUUUUGGAAGGCACUAAUCGUGUUCCUAUUUUUUCUACUAGUAUUGAUUUGUUAUUUA